AUGCAUGUUUUGCUUCAAGGUCUGGUGCAAGUGCUUUUCGAAGAUAGGGAUACACUGGAAAGAAGGAUCGCUGUGGAAGGCGUUCAUGAGGCUAAGGAAAGGCAGGCGCUGGGCUUGACGCUUUCUGGAGAGGAGGAGGAGGUGGAACAGGCGCAUGGAUUGCUGGAGGGACAACCAUCGGCACCGAUGCUCCCUGAAGCGGGGCAGGGGCCGAAGAGGCAGCUCCCUGAGGAGGAGCACCCUGAGGCGGGGCAGGGGCAGGAGAGGCAGCUCCCUGAGGAGGGGCAACCUAAGGUGGGGCAGGAGCAGGAGAGGCUGGCGCCAGGGUCUAUGCUCCCUGAGGCAUGGCAGGGGCAGGAGAGGCAGCCCCCUGAGGAGGGGGAGGAGCAGGAGAGGCAUCUCCCUGAGGAGGAGCACACUGAGGCGGGGCAGGGGCUGGCGCCAGGGUCUAUGCUCCCUGAGGCAGGGCAGGAGAGGCAGCCUUCUGAGGAGGGGGAGGAGCAGGAAAGGCAGCUCCCUGUGGAGGGGCAGGGGCAGGAGAGGCAGGCGCCGGGCUCGAGCCUUCCCAGGGAUCAGCAGGAGAGAGAGAGACCGGACUUGGUGCAGCCCUCGGAGAAGGAUAGGAGAAAGGCAGAGAGCCGGCAGCGAAAGGGAUCGAGGAAGCGGGAACACAAAAUGACAAUGAAACAUCUCCCCGAAGCCGAGGAGGGAUGGGGGCAGGAGAGGCAUCUCCUGAAGGAGGGGCGGGGGCAGGAGAGGCAGGCGCCGGGCUCGAGCCUUCCCGAGGAUCAGCAGGAGAGAGAGAGACCGGACUUGAAACAUCUCCCCGAAGCCGAGGACGUCGGUGCAGCGCCGUCGCCGAAAAAGCAGCGAAAAACCCCUUUGGACACCGCAACCGAUGAUGAUAUAGUAGAGAUUGAGCUGACGCGCGAACAGAAGAAGGGAAUCUCGAGAAUGAUCGAGACUAUGUUCGAAGUCUUACUUAUGGAUCCGAACAAGCAACUGUCCAAGGAGGAGAAGAGUCUGCUCCUGAAUGUGAUUCACUUCAAAAGUGUAGUCGAUACCGAUGCCGACUGGGCUCGGGAUACUGGCUUUGUGAUGAAGGUCGCGUCCAUCAAUCCCGCUUUCAACGUUUACGUGGUCCAGCGUCUAAGGAACAUCCCAGAACUGGCUCGGUUCGAAGCUGCGAUGCAGAGGAACAAUAUGUUUAUCAAGGGACUGGCAGGCGAUCUAGCGCAGAUUAUACAUAGGCUUUGA